AUGUCUCUCAGCAAGCACGUCGACCCCGAGGAGCUCAUCGAGCAGGCUGCCGACCACCCCAUCCUCAGCCUCCUCGAGCACCCUGCCGGCAAGCGCGCCCAUGCUUACCACUCUGGAGCCCACGCAGGCCGCUACGUCACCGAACCCAUCCCCAAAUACAAGAUCCCUCAAAAGGGCACAAACGCCGAUGCCACCUACCAGCUUCUCAACUCGGACCUCAGCCUCGAUGGUAAGCCCACCCUUAACUUGGCCUCCUUCGUCCAUACCUGGAUGCCCGAACAGGCCACCAAGCUCAUGACCGAGACCAUGAUGAUCAACAUGUGCGAUCAGGACGAGUACCCGGCUACGAUGGCAAUCCACGCGCGCUGCGUCUCGAUGCUCGCCGACCUCUGGAAGGCUCCCACCGAGAAGGACGAGAACGGAAAGCGAAAGCCCGCCAUGGGUGUCGCUACCACCGGCUCUUCCGAGGCCAUCAUGCUCGCUUGUCUCGCUGCCAAGAAGCGCUGGCAGCACAGGAUGAAGGCCCAGGGCAAGUCGUUCAAGGAGCCCGGUCCCAACAUGGUCUUUGGAUCCAACGCUCAGGUCGCUAUCGAGAAGUUCGCCCGUUACUUUGACGUUGAGGAGCGCCUCGUCCCCGUCAGCCACGAAUCUCGCUACUGCCUCGACAUCAACAAGGCUAUCGACAUGGUUGACGAAAACACCAUCUGCGUCGUCGUCAUCCUCGGUUCCACCUACACCGGUCACUAUGAAGACGUCGAGGGCAUGAGCAAGUUGCUCGACGAGUACGAGAAGAAGACGGGCAUCUCGAUCCCCAUCCACGUCGACGGAGCUUCGGGUGCCAUGGUCGCCCCCUUUGCCACUCCCGACCUCAAGUGGGGCUUCGAGAUCCCCCGCGUCGCCAGUAUCAACACCUCGGGCCACAAGUUCGGCAUGGUCUACCCUGGUCUCGGAUGGGUGCUGUUCAGGGACAACGAGCAGGUGCCCAAAGAGCUCGUGUUCGAACUGCACUACCUGGGCUCGGUCGAGUACUCUUUCGGUCUCAACUUCUCCCGCCCUGCGCACCCGGUCAUCGGUCAGCUGUUCAACUUCAUCAACCUCGGUUUCGACGGAUACCGCCGCGUGAUGCAGUCCGACCUGCAGAACGCACGACUGCUCUCUCGCGCUCUCGAGAACUCGGGACUGUACGAAGUGCUCUCCGAGAUCCACAAGCCCAUCGAGGCAUCCACCGCUGCCACCUCGGCUGCCGUCGGCGCCACCGAGCUCAUCAAGGAAGCCGGUGCCAAGCUCGCCGGCUCCUCCGACAAACACCACAGCCACCGUCGCGAGACGCUCAACGAACACUCUGCCGAGAUGUACCGCCCAGGACUGCCCGUCGUCUCGUUCCGAUGGUCCGAGUCCUUCCGCUCGCGCAACCCGCAGCUCGAGCAGCGAUGGAUGCAGACGCUCCUGCGUGCCAAGGGAUGGAUCGUGCCCAACUACAACCUCUCGCCCGAUCUGGAGGAUAUCGACAUCCUGCGUGUCGUCGUCAGGGAGAACCUGAGCGAGAGCAUGAUCGAACAGCUCGUCUACGACAUCAUCACCAUCACAGAGAGUCUGGAGAAGGAAGGUAAGGACGGUGGGUACAGGCAUCUCGCAGAGGUGACGAGCAAGCACCACGAGGAGACGACCGGUGGUAAGGAUGGAAAGAACAGUACCGGUCAUCACAAUGCGGCUCAUGAUAAGCACAGGGGCGGAUUGCCAAAGGGCAGCGGUGUCGAGGCUGUCGGAUAUGCCAAGCAGUGUUGA